GGUUCCUUAGCAACGCUGUAAAAAAUUGCGCUGACGUCCACUAUGUUCGGGAGUAUUAUGGUCUGUCGGGAAUUCAGAGUGGCUGGGACUGGAGAAAAAUAUCUGCUCUGCUAACGUUACCGUCCACAGAGCUAACGGUAGGUAGCACUGGAGUAAACAUGGAGCUGUCUGCCGUCGGGGAGAGGGUGUUCGCAGCCGAGUCUAUAAUCAAACGGAGGAUAAGGAAGGGUCGGAUUGAAUAUCUUGUGAAAUGGAAGGGCUGGUCUCCCAAAUAUAGCACUUGGGAACCGGAGGAGAAUAUAUUGGACUCUCGCCUGUUUGCCGCUUUUGAGCAGAGGGAGCGUGAAAGGGAGCUGUAUGGGCCCAAAAAGAGAGGACCUAAACCCAAGACCUUUCUGCUCAGGGCUCAGGCUAAAGUUAAAGAGAAGGCCUAUGAGUUCAGGAGUGAGGCGGUCCGAGGGAUGCACAUCACCUACCCGGCUCCUGAGCCAGUUGUGACUCCCAGGGCCAGAGAGGGCCUGAGAGCUGUUGUUCCCACCAUCUUCCCACCCAGCACGGUAAACCGUGGAGAGAGCAUACAUGUCCGGCCACUGGAACUUGGCACCCGUGAGCACCAGCAGCCUUCCCUUCAGCAAAGCAGUCCCGAAGGACUCAUCCACAUACCCAAAAAAAGAGGCCCGAAGCCUAAGCCUCGCUUCAGCCCUGCCGUCUCUGAGGCCCAUAAGAGGAGAGCAGAGGAGCAGGUGAGCCACGGCCCACACAAACUGGCCAAACUCCAGGGAGGUGAAGACAUGAGGCUGGUCGAGGUGGCCCACAGACAUCCAGAGAACCACAGCCACAAACACCACCAUCAUCACCACACACACAACCGGGAGCUCUCCAGUGGAAGCUCCUACAAGCAGCUCUACUCAGACCGCAGUCUGCAUCUGCACAGGACAUGCACGGACAUACAGAGGACUAAGGAUGGUUCCACCUACCUGGCUCCUGCACACUUCACGCACCAGUCCAAAAUGAGCCAGAGCCUGAAUCACCCUGCCGCGCUUCCACAAAUGGAAAAGCCUUACUUCUUAGACAGGCCAUCUCCAACCAGGCUUGACGACAACUUGGAUGAGGUGACGUGGAGGCCUUCUCUCGGCAACGUGGAGAAGGUCCUGGUGACAGAUGUGACCACCAACUUCGUGACGGUCACCAUCAAGGAGAGCAGCACCUCUAAAGGCUUCUUCAAAGACAAAAGAUGAUCGCUUGACUGCUUUCGCUAUGCCACGCUUUGUUUUCUUUGACUUGCAUCAGACUCUUUUUGAAGUUUAUAGGACAGUGUGAUUAUUAAAGCAGUUUUGUAUGUAGUGUAUAAAAGCAAAUUACCUAAUGUGCAUAUGUAUAUAUUAUAAAGUUGGACAUCUAUUUAAUGUAUUGACCAAAUGAAGUGCAUGUUUCCUUUGCAGCAGCCGGCUACUUUCUGUACAGAGCUUGGGAAUUUUACUAUUUUGCAAAUAUAACUGACUAGAAUGUAUUUUUUCAUGCUCCUAUCUUCCAGCCUUAGCUCAUGCUAGCAAAAUGUUUUAUUAAAUUGAGCCUUUCUCUAUAUCAUUUGAACAGAUUUGACUGAAUAUACUGUGUUCAAUUCAAUAGGGUUAAUAUUCAGACAUUUACUCAAGCACUUUUUCAAGCAUUAUUGAAAAAUAAUCCUUAUGGUUAAACAUUUCUAAUUGUAAGAUAAAUGAAUACAUUCAACACGGACACCCUGAACCGUUUUUCCAAGGCGCUUAUACUGUAACAGCAUUUUUUGCCACUAACUUUGUAUAUUUUACAUUUGCAUAGAAAACGUUCAUGAAGCUUUGAUGUAACAAGAUAAUUACAGGAUUGGUGUCAAAUUGCUUUUUAGACGUAAUAAAUAUUGGUUCUAA